AUGGGCAUCAAGCAUUCAACCAGCCUCAAUGAGGGUUAUGGCUGCUGGAACUGGGGGAAGUCGGGCAAACAGAGGUCUCUAGAAAUGGCAGCCAAUGGGUCAGGCUUGCUCCCGAAUCCUCAGUCCCAAGCCAUUCCCACUGGCAUACAGGACCAAGGACACUGCAAUGAGGGCAGGCCCGGAGGUGUCAGAAGAGACCAAAAGAGAGAAGGGAAAGGCCCCACCAGGGGCUCGGGAACUCUUCCUACCUUCCUGUCAGGUGGUCUGACGGGAAGAGCACGCCUGGAACACACUCCCUCCCCAAGGGCCCAGCCCCAGAGGCCUGUGUCUGCUCCCUCCCGCGCCUCCCGUGACAGGACACAGCUGCCUGCCGCCGCUGCUGAGGAGGUCUGGUGCCUCCCGCCCGCCCACGGCUCCCUCCUGCCUCUGCCGGCCCUGCCCCCGCGCACUCCGCAAGCCAGAGCCCUGCCCACCAAGCCAGCAGAGGGAAGUGACUCUGCAAAGCCUCCCAGGGACUCCCAGGCUUGGCUCAAGGCACCAAUUGUUAACCAGAUGGAUGCAGACCUGGGUGGCAGGAACCAGCUGCAGUCAGGCAACCAGCUGCAGGGCAGCAGGAACCUGGCCUGGCUACCACUCGCAGGGGACACCACAGACCAGACCAGCAUGGCACCAGGCCCUGUGCCCCAUGCUGCUGAGACAUCACCCUCACGGUCUGCGUUUCCAGAUUCCCACUGGGGGACUGAGCACAUCCUCAAAAUGGAUCUCCUAACUCUUGAGGUUGGACAGCUGGCUUCAAAGGGACACUGCAAAGGGACAAAAGGAAGAAGCUAUGUCCCUCCAGACCCUCAGGUGACUACCAAGCAGGAACCAGCAGUCUUCUUUGGAAUGCUUUUAAGGUCAGUACAAGAAUGAACGUGAUUCAUCUUCUACCUAUCAGUGGCCAAGCUCACUUUCUGAUAAAAGGCAAGAGAGACAGAGACCUUGGGAGGCUAUCACGGCUUGCUCUGUACAUUUCAGCUCUGUAAGUAAUUUAAUCUCUGGGCCUUGGCUUCUGUAUUUGUCCUUCUUCUGAUUUUUUUUUUUGGUACCGAGGAUCGAACUCAGGUCAUUGCACUUGCGCAGCAAGUGGUGAAACCACUGAGCUAAAUCCCUGGCCCUUGGCUUCUGUAUUUGUAAUAAAGGAAUGAUGUCACUCAUUUCUCCAUAUCUUGUGAGUCAGGUGCCUGAUCCAUGGCAGGCACUUGGUGUUAGUCUGUCUCUCUCUCUCUCUCUGUCUCUCUCUCCUUCCAUGGGGACUGAACCCAGGUCUUGUGCAUCCAAAGUAGGCAUCCCAUUGCCAACCUACAUCCCUAGCUUAGUACCUAGCUUGUUUCUCUUACCAGGUUGUUGACUAUACUAGAGAAUGAACCUAUACCCACAGGUGAAAAAUAAAAGCACAGUUUUAAGAGCUA